AUGCUAUUACUAUUACCACCUCAGUUUGCUUCGCAACCGGGCUUUUCUUUUCCAUCAACACCCAAACUCAAGGUUGUGUCCGAAGCUGAUGUCUUUCCUUCAUUUCUCCCUACAGAAGUCCAAAGGAUCAAAGACCCUUUUGCCAGAAGCCUUGCUACCCGGAUUCAGAGACUUCCCGUUUCGGUUAGGUUCUCUGAAGAUCCUAUCAUGAGUAGUUGCGUGAAGCCGUUGAUGCAGAACAACGAAAAUCCUGUUGUCUUACUUCAUGGAUUUGACAGCUCAUGUUUAGAAUGGAGAUACACAUAUCCAUUGCUUGAGGAAGCUGGUUAUGAGACAUGGGCAGUUGACAUUCUUGGUUGGGGUUUCUCUAAUCUAGAAAAACUUCCUUCUUGUGAUGUGGUUUCAAAGCGUGAUCACUUAUAUCAGUUUUGGAAGUCGCAUAUCAAAAGGGCUAUGAUAUUGGUUGGUCCAAGCCUUGGCUCUGCGGUUGCCAUUGACUUUGCGGUUAAUUAUCCAGAAGCUGUGGAAAAGCUUGUUUUGAUUGAUGCAAGUGUGUAUGCCGAAGGAACAGGAAACCUAGCAACCUUACCUAGAGCGGCAGCCUAUGCUGGGGUAUAUGUAUUGAAGAGCAUUCCAUUACGCUUAUAUGCUAACUAUUUGAGCUUCACUAAUUUUUCUUUCAGUACCAGCCUCGAUUGGACUAAUGUGGGCCGCUUGCAUUGUUUAUUGCCAUGGUGGGAGGAUGCUACAGUUGAUUUCAUGACUAGUGGUGGUUAUAAUGUUUCCUCCCAGAUAAAAAAGGUAAAGCAGAAAACUCUGGUCAUUUGGGGGGAGAAUGACCGCAUAAUCAGCAAUAAGCUUGCUGUGAGACUGCAUUGUGAAUUACCUGAUGCCAUUAUACGCCAAAUACCCGAUUGUGGUCACCUUCCUCAUGUUGAAAGGCCAGAUUCCGUAGUCAAAUUCAUUGUUGAAUUUGUUCAGAGCAAGACCAAGACAGAAAAUGAAUGUGUUUCACCUUUGUGA